CGGCGUAUGCUGUCAGUGGCCCUGAAACCCAACAGCAGAAGAAGAAGAAGAAGACUACCACGUUUGUCCUCAGCGUGAAGAAGAAAUUAGUGUAUCAAGAUGAAUAGUGAAGAAGAAAGCAUGAGUGAGGAGAGUGGAGAUGAUGACAACUCUUCAGAGAACGGCACUGCUGGACUAGAGUGUGAUUUCUCGGCUUAUGUUCUCUUUCAUGAGGGCAAUGCAGGUGCGCCCUGCUUGAGCUUUGACAUUUUGCCGGAUGAUCUGGGGGACAAUCGUACUUGCAACACUCCUGUUACUUGCUACUUUGUGGCUGGAACACAGGCAGCACGCACUCACGUAAACAAUGUUAUUCUAAUGAAGAUGAGUAAUUUGGCCAAGGUCAGCCAGAGCAACAAUGAUGACAGUGAUUCUGAUGAAGAUGAUGAUAAACCAGUUGUUUCUUCAGUAACACUCAGACAUAAUGGUUGUGUCAACAGGAUAAGGGCCACAUGCGUUAACAACAUUCAUCUUGCUGCGACUUGGUCUGAGCUGGGUCAGGUCAACAUCUUUGAUGUGAGUCACAUGCUGAAUGUUGUCAACAACAAAAGUAGCCAAGAGACCUUCCAAGAGGACAUUGCAGGUGACCCAUUGUUUACUUUUAACGGACAUCGCAUGGAAGGCUUCGCUCUGGACUGGUGUCCAACUAUGCCUGGGACAUUUGCCACCGGGGACUGUGAGAAGUAUAUUCAUGUAUGGAAGCCGAAUGAUGGAGGUUCAUGGGAAAUUGGCAACAGACCAUACACAGCUCACACUGCUUCUGUCGAGGACAUACAGUGGUCACCAAAUGAGGCAUAUGUCUUUGCCUCUUGUUCUGUUGAUAAGAGUAUAAGAGUGUGGGAUGCUCGAACCAGUCCCAACAAGGCAUGUAUGUUGACAGUACCCAACGCACAUGACUCAGAUGUUAAUGUCAUCCACUGGAACCGCAACGAUCCUUUCAUAGUGUCUGGUGGUGAUGAUACCAUGGUUAAGGUCUGGGAUCUGCGACAGUUUGAGAAUGGGAGUGCAGUGGCAGUGUUGAAGUAUCAUGAUGCACCAGUCAACACAGUAGAGUGGCAUCCAAGUGAUUCUUCUGUACUGGCUACUGGUUGUGAAGGUAGUCAGAUCCUUCAAUGGGAUUUGGGUGUAGAGCGAGAUCCAGUUGCUAGUGCUGAUGAUAACAUGGAUGUGCCACAGGAGCUGUUGUUUGUACACAAAGGUCAGCAGGAGAUGAAGGAGCUACACUGGCAUCCACAGGUUCCAGGCCUCAUCAUUUCUACAGCAAAUUCUGGGUUCAACAUAUUUAAGACAGUUAGUUGUUAACUGGUGGGUACUUGUAGUAAAUCUUGCAACAGAUGUGGGUUAUACUAAUGGUUUUACCAAUUAAAAAGAAAAAAAUAAUGUGUAAUUAUCAAAUUUGAUUGGAUAGUCAUUUGCUAUUAUCCUAAAUUACACACUGAUCAACAAUUUUUGAAAAGUUGUAUGCUUCUUAAAUGAGAUUAGUUAAU